AUGCUGAACGCCUUCCUAGAGUACAUAGCCCUAAUAAAAGCAACAUCACAAGCGAACCUCGCAAAGUGCAAGGAUAUCUUGCACACAUUCCAUCUAGGAGUCGAGAAAUCGCUAAGGGUUAAACUUGCGGAGGCUGAAGCUCCUAUAUACGACAACAAAACAUCCAAUGUCGUAUGUGGCAAAAUGGUUGACAACUACAUGGUGGCAUACUGCGAGUCUGCUGGCUUUGUGCCUAUCAUAGAGAAAGAAACGGAGAUAAGAGGCAAACCGGUAUUUGCGACUCCGCCAGGAACAGCGAACAGAGACAAUCCCAUCAGUGAUUUAGAAGAGGCGGGUCCCUCUGGGGGUCCUACACUGCAGGUGCUAGACGACGGAUCCAUGGUCCAAAUCGUCGUUACCAAGGUAGAGGAUGACACAGCAUCGGGGAGUAAAAUUACUCCUCACACCUCUCCGGAUCACAGGGACGUAGAUGUCGAGGAAGAGGGCGACACCACCUCGGCGCGUGAAAUUGCAUCUCACACCUCUCCGGCAACAGAGAUGAGCGACGACCAAGAAUUACCGGAAGAGGCGGGUCCCUCUGGGGUAAGACCUAGACUGCCGGCGCCAAUGGACUGGUCCUUGGUCGGAAUCACAGACAUCCGGUCUGGAUUUGAUUCAACAGAGAUGAGCGACGACCAAGAAUUACCGGAAGAGGCGGGUCCCUCUGGGGUAAGACCUAGACUGCCGGCGCCAAUGGACUGGUCCUUGGUCCGAAUCACAGACAUCCGGUCUGGAUUUGAUUGUGACAAGGACAAAGAUGUCGAGGAAGAGGUCGACACCACAACGAGGCGCGAAAUUACUCCUCACACCGCUCCGGGGCGAUCUCCAGCAGGGUGUGAUCCAGUUCGCGCGCAGGAAUCUACCCAACCAAUUACAUUGGAUGAAAUUGACAAAUCCAUUCUCAAAGCACAUCGUUAUGAGCGAGAGCUAAAAAGUUUACAGGCGAGACAAGCUGAGAAAAUUCACAUCAUUGAGAGUGACAGUUCAGACUCGGACGUGGUGCUUAACAACCCUGUAAAAACAGAACACGACGACGAUCUUAUCGCAAUAUGCCCGGCCCAGACAUAUUAUUACUUAGAUGAAGUUGUUGGGGUCUCGAGAAAAGAGUUGCAGAGCCGUUGCAAACAUUGCAGGGCCUGUAAACUUGUAACAAAAAUUUUAUCUGUGGCUUGCCUAUUUCAAAUGCGCGUGGUCCGAUGUAUCAGGGAGCCACAGAGCGAUUUGAUCGGUAGGUUUGAGCCUCUACAUGAUGAUGAUAUUGAUGACUUAACGAGCUAUGGUGUAACGGACCGAAGUGACCCCCAGGGAGUUGUGCCCUCGCCUUCGGCAUUUUAUUUAGAAAUAGCAAAACAAUCGAGUUAUGUUGUCGAGGUGAGAUGGACCUGGGUGGCGCAGGCCAUGAAAUUCGCCCUCACUGCGGCCAUUCAAAUUAAGUCACAAGAAAUGAAGAUGGCACGCCUCAGUUUGAUAGAUCACGCUAACAUUUUGGCGGAGUUAGCAAAUUAUAUGGGCCAUAUAUUCAAGGACCCCCAUAUGGACCCGAUUGAUGAAAUACCGGAGCGUCUUUUCUUCUUUAACCAUUCCCUCGAAGCGUCGAUGGAUAAUGUCGUUACAGAAACAAUAGCGGCCCAUCAACGUUACAGGAUUAACAAGAACCCCUACGAGAUUGCUCAGUUUAUAAGUGCUUCUAAACUUCUUGGUACGUACCUACAAACUAGAGCAAGGAGG